AUGGACCUCAAAAAAACCCAGGGAAUCAUUAUCAGUGGCAGUUGCCUACUGGGCAAGGUGGCAGAUAUUUUUCGCCGGCAGGAAGGCGACCUCGAGCGAGCGUUGCAGUCCAUAAAGCUCGAAAAUCAAGACGUACUCAUUCCUAGCUAUGACACCUUCCAAAACCAAGGGUGGGAUGCCUUUUUCUCUCUCCCACAAGACAGAAAUGGGGACUUUCGCGGCUCCCACAGGUGUAAAAACGGUAACGGAAACGCCUGCCGCAGCACAGAAGGAACUGCUGCUACAGGAUCAAAUGACUCGCAACCCUCUUUGGAAUAUAUGGAGAAGUUGUUUUCCCCUCCUCCUGCGUUCUUCCGGAGUCAUCUGUCGUGCGAGCUCCCUUCCAUCUUGGAAGCUGUAGGCUGCACGCCCCUUGUUCGGCUUUCGCGUGUGGCUGCCGCACUGGGCAUCUCGUGCCAGUUGCUUGGUAAGUGUGAGUUUUUGAGCCCUGGGGGCAGCACGAAGGACAGGAUCGCGCGAGGCAUGAUCAGAGCAGCUGAAGCUUCUGGACACCUAGCGCCGGGAUGCGCUCUCAUAGAACCGACAAGCGGCAACACCGGCAUCGGCUUGGCGAUGGCCUCUGCAGUCAAAGGAUAUCGAUCAGUGGCUGUGAUGCCCAUGAAGAUGUCCACAGAGAAACACCGGAUCAUGAAGGCCUUGGGUUCUACCAUUCUGCGCACGCCAACUGCGGCAGCUUGGGAUGAACAGACCUCUCAUAUCGCGCUUUCCCUUCGUUUGCAAGCGGCGAUGGAGGCACAGCAGCGGCAAGCGAGAGAUGUGUGUGCCAGUAAUGCAAAAUCUGGGGAGACGCCCUGGGUGAACGGCUGCGCGGCACAGGCAGAAGCUUGCGGUAACCAGUCGCAAGUUGCCUGCAUCCUUGACCAGUACAGGAACCCGGCAAACCCAUUAUCGCACUUUUUUGGAACGGGCGCGGAGCUGCUGGCGCAGAGUGGCGGCAAGUUGGACAUGGUGGUGGUUUGCACAGGAACUGGGGGCAGCUUAACAGGAAUCGGACGCCGGAUUAAAGCAACUGCGCCCCACUGCCUCGUCGUAGCCGUUGACCCCGAAGGUUCUGUGCUCGCGAACCCGAACGAGGCUUGCGUCAAGCCAUAUGUGGUGGAAGGCAUCGGAUACGACUUCGUGCCGACUGUGUUGGAUCGCCAGGCAACCGACUGUUGGGUGAAGACCACAGAUGAAGAAAGUUUCCUUUGCUCCCGCCUGCUCCUGAAGACUGAAGGACUACUAGUGGGGGGCUCAGCCGGCGCAGCCCUUGCAGGGGCAAUCAAAGCCAUCGAACACUUCGGCUGGACAAACGAUGCAAGCAAACGCGUAGCCUUCAUCCUUCCGGACAGCAGUCGCAACUAUACCUCCAAAUUUGUUUCCGACGAAUGGAUGGUUGCCAAAGGUUACCUGGACUCCAGUGUUCUGGAGAGGCAGUACAGCGAAUACGCUCGUCAGAGCAUUCAGUCUCUGCAUUUGCCUCCCCUGAGCUUCGUACCUUCGACGGCGUCUUUGAAAGAGGCGGCAACAGUUCUACUGCAGUCCGCUCAGCCCCUGGUGGCUGUCGUGAAGCCCGAGGUUGAACCAGAAGUGAGGAGCAAGGGAGGAGUUGCUGCAGAUGCUUUAAUGGGCAUUGUGACUGAACAAACUCUCCUGAAGGCCUUGGGAGAUUUCCCCGGCAGCGCAGAAGUUGGCGAAGUUGUCGACAAUGAUGCCCCUGUUUUCCGCUGUACGGACAUCUCACUCGCGCGCAUUGCACAGACUCUGGAAAUACAUCCUUUUGUCCUUGUUCAGUCUGAAACAGGGCUUAUCAAUGCAGCCGUAGAGGCAAAAGGGCUGCUCCAGGCUUUCCUUGAAAUGCAGCAAAGCGGAUGA